UACAUUUCUACACCUGUGUUUGUGAAAUGAGCAACCGCGACACAUUUGGAUGAAAGUCACCAGUUAACACGGUCACUCGUUAAACCGAAACACCGCCUAAUCACAAUUGUGCACAAUUUGCGUCGGGUCCUAAGCGUUUAGAGUUAAAGCUGGAGCAGCUAAAGCUAAAUCGAAGGAGGAAAAGGUUGAAUUUGUAAAAUAGGGAUGAAAUUAGUGGAAGUGGAACAACUCGUAGUGGCAGUCAAAGAGACGCGGUCCGGUCCGGUCGGUUCGCCUGAGCCAGGUCGUCACGCUUGAAGCUUCACACCGGAGGAGAAAACACGGAGCCGGUCGUAUCGUUUAUUUUGCGGUAAAACGUCCCAUAUGUUGGCUCGACUAUACGACGGUGUGUCCCUGUAAUUGUGUGUAGGUGUGUUUCAAUGCCUUAAAACCUGUUUAUACUUCUGCGUACGUAGCUACGCCGUAGACGCGACGCAGAGCUUGUGCAUUUGAAGUUCUGCGCUGAGGGAGCGCGUUGAUCGGCGGAAUCAAUGCUUCCUCUCUACAGUGACAACCUUUUCUUGUAGCGGACUUUUUUUACUCCUUCAACCGGGAUGACAACCAGGAUGUAGCGCGCGUGUUUGUAGCUCAUUGAUAUCAAAGAGAAAAUGAUUUUAUUGCAAAUGUUGAAGCGGAAGCGACAGAGAAGCCGUUCGCGGAGGCGACUGUAGUCAACCACGGCUGAACUGACCAAUCACAGCCCUGGAGGUUCGCAUCGACGCGACGCGUAGUCAGGAUAUUUUGGAGGCGCACGUCAGCCUACGGCGUAGCUACGGCGUAGGGUCUGCGUCUACGCCGUAGCUACGCACGCAGAAGCAUAAACCAGUCUUUAUAUACACAGGAGGCGCAGUGUCAGCAGUGGAGUGAAACAAUAACCUGCACAUCACCUGAACGCACGUGAAUUGUGAGUCAGAAUAAUACAACUUAAAUAGUAAAAAAAAAAAAAAAAAGAGGUAAAUAUUCAUAAAAAACCAUAGGAGACCCGUUUUUAUCAGGAUGACAGGUGUAGAUGUACAGCUUCCUACUCCUUCUCACUGCAGGUAGCUUUUUGUUUUGAGGCUGCAUUACAUGGGUGCUGCCUGCUCAUUUGAGAUACCUAGCACACUGUUGUCUUGCUGAAAGGUUUUUAGGCCAUGUAUUGAGGUGACUUUCCUGCAGUCAUUUUUUUUGAUGAUUUUGCUUUAUCCCUUUGUGGUAAUAAUUAACUACUUGAGUUUGCAUGUCUGUCAAUUAUUAACUUGCUAACCUGACCUUCAUGGACAUUAAUUGAUUGAUGUCUCUAAAUUUAUUACAGCAAUUUGUCCUGUGUCUUCUGUCCGAGGGUGCUGUCCCACCACACGUCUGCCAUUCAAUUGCGAAUUUCUGACUGCAAGAGGGUCCUGUCCGACUUCACCUGUGUCUGCAAUCAACUGUGCCUGCUCGGAAAAAUUCAUUGUGCCAGACCUGGAGGUCUCUCUAAAACUAACUGAAGAUAUUUAGAUUGUGAAAUGGCUGCCCCGGUGAAACUAAGAAUCAUCCUUGGAGAAAACAAUUCCCAGAGAUUGAUUCUUCCAGAUGGGAUUCCUGAGUCUGUCAGUGAACUCUCACAGCAAAUAAAGAGACAGUGUGGAAUAGAGGGGCUUUUCAGGCUUCAGUUCAUGGACAUGGAAUUUGGGAAUGAAUUUACUAACUUGUUGUCAAUAUCGGAUGUCCAGGACAAAGGAACCAUUAAGGUCAUCUUUAUUUCAGAUGCACUUGUUCAGCCUGGUGGUUUAGCACCUCCUCCCUCCCCAGUUUCUGCCUCCUCCUGCUCUCCAGAUGACUCCUCUCUUUCAUCUGGUUGCUCAUUUGACACCGACAUCCUGUCUUCUCCGGAGUCCUCCUCCUCAAGAUCUUCUGCAUGGCCUGUGCUAUUCCAGGUUCCCAGGUUCUCCUAUGAUACUGAGCUACAGCUGGACAGGGCCAAUGCUGCUUUCAAAGCAACCGGAACUUUGUUGAAUCCUGACACAAAACUAAAAUCAGCCAUUCUUAAUGGCUUAGCUGAAAAGAUCAUCACGUACAAAGUGUACCUCUCUGACUCAGAGUUUGAAAAUGUAGCAGAAGCUCUUAUAUUAAAGCAUCCAUGUCUGAAAGAGCCAGGUUCUGUCUCUGGAUAUAGCGGAUGGAAGACAAGUUUGAAGUAUAAACUCGGUAACUACAGAACAAAGCUCAGAGAGCUUGGGUGCCCAGAAGUUACAGUGAAUGCCCUAAAACAAAAACCUCAUGGCAAGUGCAGUCCGGCCUAUGCUGUUAAGAAGCCGAAAAAAGCAGAAGUGAAUUACUGCCCAGCCUAUCCAACUGGUGAAACCACACAGACUCUAGAAAUGAUAAGAGUGGCCCUCCUGUCAGAAGUACAGAAAAGAAAUAAUGACGACAAGGUGGCGAUGAUGAUGGACAAGACCUUUGCCCUCAGAAGGGAAGAGGUAGUUCGAGAGGCACCCAUGAUCGCCGACUUCAAAACAAGGUGGCCAGCUCUCUUCCAUGUGCAAGAGGUGAGUUCCGAAUUUAAGAGAAUCACAACACUGCAUCUGCAGUCCAAGUUCUUCUCUGAGCUGGAUGCACAUUCUGCAAUUCUACUAAAGGCGUAUUCCAAAAAAGGUGGCGUUCAAGGGAAAAAAAUCAAGAGCAUCAUGGUACCCAUAACCCAGACGGACAGUGUUGACGUCAGACGAGAAUGCGUCCUCAAAGGUCUGUGUGUCUACUUGAAUGAAGAUCCGGAGAAGCUGGUGAAGGAAUACAUGACAGCUGAUGAAAGCAGUGGAUCAACCAUGGCAGAGACUGUCUUUGGAAUCUUCGUCAUGCGACAUGAAGGAGCUGAGCCCGGUGAUGCCCCCGAGGAUGUUGGAAUCAUUCUGGAAGGUGUGGAAGUACUCAACAACUUGGGAAGUGUUCCUUUUGCUGUGGCGAUGUUGCUUGCUCUUGCAUAUGCCCUAAACCUGAGCUACCCUCCAGAGCUGAAAUAUACAUUUGAAGCAUUGCAGAAGAUCAUAAUGGAACUAGAUGAAAGCAGACUAUCCAGAAAAGUACAAGCUCUCAAAACAUAUCUUUGCCGUUAGUAAAGUAAUGGAGAAUCAUUGUCAGAAAUUGACAGAGGGGGUUUGGAUCUCUAAUAAUUGGUUACAUUUAAAGGAGUGGGACACUUAAGUUUUAUUAUCACUUUUCAGUUACAUUUUGAACUGGUUUUCUUUAUUGUAAAGGACUAUCUGAGACUGCCCACUGAGAACUCAAAAGCAGGUUGAAAAAAUGCCUCUCAAGAUAGUAUGGAUACAUUCUAUAGACUGCCGUUUUACAUUUUUUUUAAUUAAAUGGUUAAGUAUCAAGUACCUGUUUGGUUGGCACUUUCAAAAAUAAAUGGUGUUCUGUAUUAUUUUAUCAGUUAGAAAAAAGAUAAACUGAAAAUUUUGUUUUGUUAUCUUGGAGGGUUUUUUCAUGGCUUUAAGGCUUUUAGGUACUGUGAUUUAUUCUCUUUACUCUUUCAAAUAUACAGAGAAGCAGUGUUUAUUAUUUUAUAAUAAUUAUCUUAUUUACUACUUUUUAGAUAGUAAAAAGAAACCCUAUUUUAUUUUGUUGCUUUCGUAAAACAUUCUACUAUUCAGAGUUAAACUAUUUUUAUGGCAGCAUCUACCAGUUUUUUUCAAGCUCCAGUAAUCUUCACCAUUUAGUUAAAAUGGUGUUUUUUAGUUUGCCAGGGGAAAAAAAAGUAUUGUUGCACUGCUUGUGUAAAACAUUGUUUCUCUUUGUAUUAUUGCCAGUUUUAAGCAUUGCUAGUCUGUGACUAAUUUGAAAAAUACAAAUGUAUGGCAAUGUCUACUGUUUGUCUUGUAUUUCUUUAUACUUGAUACAAAACUGUUUACACUCAAAUUGU